AUGAGCUCAGAGAAGAAGAAAAAUAGAAAAAAAGAAGAUACUGGAGAAAUCAAAACAGCAAAAAAGAAAAGAAAAUAUCUUCUGAAGAAAGAAAACAAGAAACAAAAGUGGAAGAACAUCAGGACUAGUUACAGCAGGGAAAUAAAACGCAGAGCCGGUGCUAAAAGUGGAGCAGCAGCUUCGCGUAAGAGUCCUUACGUAUAUUUCGAACAACUACAGUUUCUUAAGGCCACUGUAAUAAAUAAUGAAACUCAAAAUAGCAUGGGUGAAACACGCCCUGCGGAAACCAACGAUGACAGCGAUUGUAUUCAAGGUAAACGACCCGUUUCCAAAAAGAAGAAGACAUGUGACGACGAAAAUUUGGUUCAAGUAUUAAAGGAAAGUAUCGCAAUAGGAGAAGAGCGUGAAAGAAAGCAAGAAUCUGAUUCAGAUAGACUAUUUAUGCUUUCGCUUCUAGAAGAUUUUAAAAACAUUCCGAAACAUAGUAAACUUUCUACGAGAAUGGAGUUAAUUGACGUAAUAAAAAGAGCUCAAAUGCCUUUUAUGGAAACUUACAAUUCCGAAUUUGGUUUUCGCCAAGGUCAUGUUGAUUAUGAACCAGGGACAUCAACCGCCAGAUUAUUUAGUCCAGAAACAUCGGUUAGUGGACAGUAUCGCCAUGGAUACUCGACUGAAUAUGGACCGGGAAACUCGAGCAGUAGGCAAUAUCGCCAUGAAUACUCAACUGAAUAUAGGCCGGAAAUCUCGAGCAGUGGGCAAUAUCGCCGUGGAUACUCGACACAGUCAAAUUAUGGGCCAGAAGCCUCGAGCAGUGAAAGCCGCCGUGCAUAUUCUACGUCUGUUCCAGACAAGCAAGACAAUACCGGAUAUACUGAGGUGUUAUCUCCAUCUGACACAAAUGUAACAGAUACGUCUCAGAAUUCUGAAUUACUUGAACUAUUUCAGGAAAAUUCUUUAGCAUAA